UUGGAUUCACUUUCAUCACCGAACUUAAUUAUUUAAUUUUAGGUUUACUUUACGUGAAGUUGCAAUACUCAUGGGCUAGAGCAGCGGGAGAAAUAACUUUGUUUGAUACACGUUUAUCACCAAUUAUUAGAAUUUCAACACGCAUUCAUCGGCAUAUUUUAUAUUUAAACAUAUCAUUAAUAUUAGCAACAUUUAUUUUUCGUGUAUUGGAACAAACCAAUUCAAAUAUACAAAACAUGUUUAUUCCAUCAAUCAUGUGGGAAAUUAUUUUCAUUGUAUUGAUGAAUGUGGGAUUUUUAUCAUUUGGUGUAUUUAUGAUAUUGGCUUUGGCGACUGAUCGUGAAGUCAAACAAAAAAUUGGUGAAUCUUUGGUUUUUAAAUUUUCAAAUAAAGCAGAUAGAAGCAAAGCAAUAAAGGUAUUUGUCAUCAUGAUGAUUCUUAUGUUUUCAUUUUCAUUCUUAACGAUAUCAAAUGUAUUGGUUUCAUCACUUUCGCCGACAGUAUCAAAUUUUUGGAAAUCAAGAGUAACUAGUGAUACAUCAAUUUCGUUAUCAAUGAUUUCAAUAUUAUUCUUGCUUCGAUCGAAGUCAUGUUCACGCUAUUUAGUUAAUCCAUCAUCAUCAUUACUUACUACACGUCCGUCAUCACGUUCAUUGGGACCUACACCCGAGCAGUUAGCAGAUGAUGAAAGAAGAAAUUCUGCAGCUUAUACAACACGUACAGCUGUAGUUCGUCCGGAGCCGUCUUACAAGAUGAAUUUGAAACGUAUUUCUGUUGAAAUAUGCGAUACAUCAUUAGGGAUGGGUGGGAUAAUUGGAAAUAUUUCUUUGUCAAAAGAUUAUACGUUAAUGAAUGAUUUAAACAAAAAUAAUAACAUUAAUAAAAAUAACGAGAAUAGUGCUAUAAUUGAUGGAAAAAAUAGUGGAUAUGAUCAUAAUGGUUUUUUAAGAAUACAUAAUAAUAAUUUGUUCAUUAAAAGUGAAGGAAAUAGUAAAUUUGAUGUUAUUGAUCUUUAA